AUGCUAAAGAAUAGGGUGACAAGAAGUCCUAGUCCACCGGCUACCUACGAGAAAUAUUUGGAUGAUUUCGAGGAAUGCGAUGAUGUGCAAGUGUUGCCGAGCACAAGUAGUGGUGUACAACAGAGCAGCAGCAGCAGCAGUAGCAAGUACUUCCCAGUUGGCACAACGAGCAGCAGCAGUAGCAGCGCAUAUUCCGGAAAUUUGGGCCCUUUGGAAAACGCUGGCUACAGUGGUUACAGCGGUUUCAUGGCCAGCUCAGGGAGCGGAGAGCAGCAGCAGUAUUCGACGCCGACGAACUUCUACUCGAAUUCUUACGCUGGCCCAUAUAACACAAACUCAGCGCCUGAUCAAGUAUUCAAGGUAAGGUAA